AUGGCAUUUACUUUUUCUCCGCUUCAAGCACUCAGUUUUUCACCUCAACUUACAGGUUUUACUUCUCCUCAUGGCUGUUUCUCUCUUCUCAAGCUCACUCCUUCUGGGUUUUAUGAUGAAGAAACAGCUUUACUUUGGUCUACCACAACCCAACAAUCAAAAAAUGUAUUUAUUCUAAGCAAAUCCAGCAAAAAAAGUAAUAAUUUUACUGUAACAGGACAAAUAUUCUCAAUUUUUCAACUACUGGGUAUUGAUGAAAGAGUAACUGAUGAUAUCCUAGAAAGAAAUGCUGCCCUAGGGCUGUUGCCUGUUGAGUCUAUUCGCAAUCGAAUUCAUGGGUUACAAUCAGUUGGGUUGAAGGAGUUUACUUUAUCUAAGUUAAUAUGCAAAUACCCAGAUGUAUUAACUGCUGAAGAAAUUGAUUAUUUGAUAGAAUUCAUUCACAAUGAUCUUGGAAAUAAGAUUAAUAGUAUUCAAAUUGAGCGUCUUUUGUUGGGGAUAGAGCCUAGGUUUAUUGCUGGUUUUGAUAAAAAGAUUGAUUUGCUGCUUCAAAAUGGUAUUCCUCAAGAAAAGAUUGUUCAUAUUCUUAACAAUGUUAAUCUUAGUAAGGCUUUUUGUCUUAAAUCAUGUGAAGAAAUUCAAAGAAUGUUGACAUUUUUGAGCCGUUUUAAUGCUGUGGGUAUAAUUGCUAAACGCCCUUCAAUUCUAAAUUAUGAUCUGGAUAGUCAACUAGUUCCCCGAAUCGGGUUUCUUCAGAAGCUAAGUGGGGGAGAUACUGAUGCAGUUGGUGAACUUUUGAAUAGACUUCCUGCUAUCUUAUUAUAUAGUUUGAAUCAUCUGCAAGGUCAAGUAGAGUUUUUCAGAUCAUUUGUUGGCCUAACUGAUCAUGAAAUCUUCAAGAUUAUGCUUGUUUUUCCAAAUGUGGUGAGUGCUAGCAAAAACAGGAAACUGAAACCUAGAAUUGAAUUCUUGAAGGAAUGUGGAUUUGAUUCGGGAGAGAUUUAUCGGUUUUUGAUUAAAGCGCCAUUGUUUCUCGGUCUUUCUUUCGAGAAGAACCUUUCCCAUAAGUUAGUGUUGCUGGUUAAGAUAGGUUAUGGUCAUAGAACCAAGGAUCUUGCUAUGGCUAUGGGAGCUGUGACAAGAACAAGCUCUGAGAAUUUGCAGGAAGUUAUUGGUUUAUUUUUGAAUUACGGGUUUUCUUGUGAUGAUAUAGUUGCAAUGAGCAAGAAGCAUUUUCAGAUUCUGCAAUACAAUUCAAGGUCUUUAGAUGAAAAGAUGGAAUUCUUGAUUGAAGAGAUGGACCGAGAAAUUGGGGAACUCUUGUCGUUUCCUGCUUUUCUUGGAUACAAUCUUGAUAGUAGGAUUAAACAUCGGUAUGAACUAAAGAAGAAGAUUGUUGAAACAGUUGGUCCAAGUGGGCUGUGA